AUGGACCUAGCGUGGGCCUCAAUUCUGAUACUGAUACUGAUUCUGAUAUGCACAUGGAGGGUGCUGAACUGGUUAUGGCUGAAGCCAAAGAGAAUCGAAAGGCUUCUGAGAGAGCAAGGCCUUCAUGGCAACCCUUACAAGCUUCUGGUUGGAGACAUGAAGGAGUUUGUCAAGAUGCGAAACGAAGCCUUAUCCAAACCCAUGAAUCUCUCUCAUGACACAGUGCCUCGACUAUUUUCCUAUAUCCAAUAUAGUCUCAACAAACAUGGCAAAAAUUGUUUUACAUGGUUUGGUACAGUCCCAAGGGUGAUACUCACAGAUCCUGAGCUGAUCAAAGAUGUACUCAACAAUAAUUAUGACUUCCGAAAGUCUGUUUCGAAUCCGCAAGUGAGGUUACUAGCUCCUGGUCUUGUAAGCUACGAGGGAGAAAAGUGGAACAAGCAUAGAAAGAUAAUCAAUCCCGCGUUCAAUUUAGAAAAGUUAAAGAAUAUGUUACCAUUAUUCACCAAAUGUUGCGAUGAUUUGAUUAGCAAAUGGGAAGGAAUGUUGUCUACACACAGAUCAUGUGAAAUGGAUGUAUGGCCCUUCCUUCGAGAAUUGGCUAGUGAUGUUAUUUCUCGCACAUCAUUUGGAAGUAGUUAUGAAGAAGGAAGAAGAAUAUUUCAACUUCUAAACGAGCAAACUAAACUUACUCUAGAUGUUCUGUUAAAAGUUUACAUCCCUGGAUGGAGGUUUGUACCUACUCCUAUCCAUAGAAGGAUGAGGGAAAUUGACAGAGAUAUAAAAGCUUCGCUUAAGGGUAUUAUUAACAAGAGAGAGAAAGCACUGAAGGAGGGUGAAGCCACUAAAAAUGACUUGUUAGAUAUACUUUUGGAGUCAAAUCACAAGGAAAUUCAAGAACAAGGAAACAAAAAGAACGUUGGAAUGAAUCUUGAGGAGGUAAUGGAAGAAUGCAAACUAUUCUACUUUGCUGGACAGGAAACAACUGCAGUUUUGCUUGUUUGGACAAUGAUAUUAUUAAGUAGGUACCCUGAUUGGCAAGCACGUGCAAGGGAGGAAGUUUUACAAGUUUUUGGUGACCGAAAACCAGAUUAUGAUGGCCUAACCCACCUCAAGAUUGUUACCAUGAUUUUACACGAGGUUCUUAGGUUAUACCCACCGUUUAUUGCUCUUUUUCGAAAAGUUGACAAAGAUAUGAAACUUGGAAACCUAUUAUUACCGGCUGGAGUGCAUAUUACCUUACCAAUAUUAAUGGUUCAACAUGAUUGUGAACUGUGGGGUGAUGAUGCUAAUGAGUUCAAACCUGAGAGAUUUUCUGAAGGUGUUCUAAAGGCCACAAAUGGAAGAGCUUCAUUUUUUCCCUUUGGAGGGGGUCCAAGAAUAUGCAUCGGACAAAACUUUUCCUUGUUGGAAGCAAAGAUUGUUGUGUCAAUGCUUUUACAACAUUUCUCAUUUGAACUUUCUCCAAGCUAUACUCAUGCCCCAACAACUGUGAUUAGUCUUCAACCCCAAUACGGUGCUCAUGUCAUUCUACGCAAGGUGGAAAUAUAAAAAUAAAAAAUAAAAAUUAUUAGAUCUUAUUUCUAGUUUAUAUUAUACUCUUCUUGAUGAGUUUAUAAUGUGUGAAAUAUGAUGUAAUAGGAUAGUUUUCAACUAACUCUCGUGAUUACUAGUAGUAAUCAUUAGAGUUAUUAGUUUGUUAUACUUUCUGUUAGACUUGUUAUUAAUAGAGGCUCUGUUGGACUUAUAUGUAUAAAUAAGAGACUUGCUUUCUCAUUGUUACAUGAAAAAAAAAUCAUAAAUAUACAAAAGUAUUUUUCAUAUUCUUUCUA